CCGAUAUGUUGGCUUCAAAAGGGAUGCUGAGAGCAGCCAUGGAGCCGGAUUCGCAUGGAGACUGCAUGGAUCAAGGGUUUGACACUGUGCAGCCAGGCCAUCACCGAAUACGGUUACCGAGGGCAGUGGCAACAGGCAGUGAAUCUUCUUGCUGUGGCCCAAGAAGAGGGAAUUCCUGUGGAUUUGCCGUUGUAUAGGAAGCUCAUCAACUCAUGCAGGGAAAACCGCCAAUGGAAGUCCUGCAUGCAAGUUCUGAGAUUUCUGGCACACUCCCAAGAACGAGGAUUACGUGCUGAUGCGGUUCUUUAUGGAGCAACUAUGGCAAGCGCUUCUGACUUAAUGCCCGAGAUGCCCUGGAAUCGGAAGACCGCUGCUAGGUGGCCGAAAGCCUUACAAGUCUUGGACGGUAUGCGGCAGGACAACGCCCAAAGAGAUGCUGCCUCCUGGCGCAUUGCAUCAUCCGCAUGUGGACAGGGCAAGCAGUGGAAAGCAGCAGCACUACUGCUUUCAGAGAUGCGCUGGGCAACCUGCGAUGUCGGAGCGGAAGCCUAUACAGGUGCAAUGCUAGCUGCUUUGAACUCGGAAUGGCCUGCAGUGCUGUCACUCUUCCGUGACCUACGACGGCGGCCAAAAGUCAAGCUGAACACGGCGGUCCUCAAUGCUGCCAUGUUGGCCACAGAUGAGGCCGGCCAGCCGGAACGAGCCAUACGUCUCCUGCAAGCCGUGCAAUCAUCCGGUGCUGCAGAGCCCAACGUGCUAAGUAUCACGAUGGCGAUGAUGUCUACGACUGGCAUCCAGUCCAUCCAAGAUGGUUGGAGUCGUGCAACAAGGAUCUUCGCUCAGGCUCGCAGCCGAGCGAUUCAGCUCAACCGGGUGGCCUACACCGCCCUCACAGGCAGGGAACAGCAAGAGGUUCGAGCGUCUCAACCGGCUUGCGCACGCAAGAGCUGUCCAUGCAGAAAUUGCGCGAAGGUAUUCAAGAACAUGCUGGACGAUGGCAGCUGGCACAAGCAACCAUCCAGAAUUCUCGAGCUGCCAGGGUGGCCUAUGACAUGCGUGCAUACAACAAAGCAAUGCGAGUCGUGAUUGGACCAGCAGUAUGGGACAUUGCUCGAACAGUACCCCCUCUUCCAAUACAAUGACCCCACGCCCCGGAUUGGAGAAAAGAAGGGCGCCAGUCCGUCGGUGGACCCGGUGAACGUGCCAAGACCGCUGUUUCAAGAUCAGAACAGAUCAAACGAGCUGAAAAUGGCUGCCUUUUGGGCUCGAGCAUUC